AUGAAGGGGCCGCCUCGUGUGGAUAUAAGGUGUGAAGGCGCAGCAGAGGGUCGCGUCCAGCCAGGUGCGUGCGAGGCCCCCAUUACCCCGGCUGCGGCGCCCCGUGAGCAAUUUACUCGCUGUAACACCUGGCCGAAUCUGGUCGUCCUCGUUGGGGCUGGGCGAGACUACGGAAUGGCUCGUGAGGCCUCGAGUCAUACUAGCACUCACACUCACACUUACACUCUCUCGUUUAAAACCCCAGACCUGCAUACUUUUCCCGAAGCGCGAGGCCCUAUCGAGCGCCCCCCGAGUCCCCGCCUCCGAGUGCAUCAUGGGUCCCGUCUUCCGCAGGUGGAGCAGGGCGUGCGGCUGUACAACCAGCAGAAGCACGUGGCCGCCGUCAAGAAGUGGAAGCAGGCCCUCCGGCGGAUCAACAAAGACAACGACCGCUUUAUCACUCUGGGCUACCUCAGUCAGGCGCACCUUGAUUGGGGCAGAUACAGAGAGAUGCUUGACUUCGGCUUCCAGCAGCUCGACAUCGCCAACGAGAUGGACUCGCCGAUGCUGCGCGCCGAGGCCUACCUGACGCUGGCCCGCGGCAACGAGCGCCUGGGCAACCUGGAGAAGGCGGUGUCGUACUGCCGCCACUCGCUCUACAACCAGUGCGACCAGUCCCGCACCACCGGCUACGUCCACCUCACCCUCGGCAACACCUACCUCGUCUACUCCAGCUUCAGCAAGGCCAUCGAGCACUACGAGCUGGCCCUCAAGGUGUCCCGCAGCAUCCACGACACGGCGCUCGAGCUGCAGGUUUACUGCGGUCUCGGCCACACGUUCUGCCUCCUGCAGGACUUCGAGAAGUCGCUCUCCUUCAGCGCGAAAGCAUUUGAGCUUUCGAAAAGUUUUCAUAUCAGCGAUCUCAAUUCGAAAUUCCAGCGGCUCUCCCUCGUAACUCUGGCGACGCCCUUGCGCAAACUCGGCCGCCUCCACGAAGCCAAGGAGUGCUGUCAGGACGCGCUCAAGAUGGCACUGACAGCUGGGGAUCGCCCUACGCACGCUCGCUGCCUCGGGAUCCUGGGCGACAUACAACGGCAAUGCCUCGACGUACAGAGAGCCUACAAGCGGUACGAGGCCAGCAUGCAGCUGAUGAUGAUGCUUGAGGACCGUCACGGCCAGCUGAUCGCAUUGAACGGCAUGGCCAAGACGCUGGGCCUCAUGCGCCGCCAGUCCAAGAUCUGCGACUGCCGACCCCUCGAGAUAAACAACAAAGUGAUCGAUCUCGCCUCUUCCCUCGGCUGUAAGCUGAUCAUGAGGUCCGCCCACUUGCGCCUGAUGGAGUUGUAUCGAGUCCUGAGCGACGAUGAAAACAGCGGCCUGCAGGAGCGGCUGGCCAACUGCCUGACGGAGGAGAUGGAGCUCGUGUGCGGCGUGUGCCAUGAGCGGUAUGGCGACCAGGGCGGCAACUCCCUGGACGCGUUGCCGUGCUCCCACAUCUUCCAUGCCAAGUGCGUCAGAGACCUGAUGUCCACCGGCGACCGGAAGAAGAAAAAGCGCAUCUGCCCCGACUGCCGCAAAUCGCUCAAUUCUCGCCUCAUGCUCAUUUGUUACGACGAGCUGAAAGCGGCCUACGGGGACGGCCGGACGCCCACCUUCCCGCGUAUGGCAAGGUACGGUGUGUUGCAGAGAUAUGAGCCAAUACGGUGUUUUGAUACCAUGAUGAAUGGUGUGUUAUGCAAAGUGUUCUACACAGACCACAUACGAUGCACGGACUGCAAAUGCACCGAGGAUCUUGAAGCAUCUGUGAUGCUUCAAGAUCACAAAUACUGUGGAUCUCGUUUGGUUCUUGUUAUCUUUCUGGCAUGGUCACUGGUUUAUUUCUGUCUGAUGUUUAGGAGCUCCAACAUCCCCACAAGUAAACACAUGCACACCUCUCUCUCUCUCUCUCUCUCUCUCUCUCUCUCUCUCUCUCUCUCUCUCUCUCUCUCUCUCUCUCUCUCUCUCUCUCUCUCUCUCUAUGAGGUCUCAGACAUCAGUUCAGGAAAUGGCAUAUUGAAAAUUCCUCCUUAUGCACAAAUGGAAACAUUCUCUAAUACUCUCCCAAAGCAUAUCUACAUGGACAAUACCGGUUACUAA